GCUGUGAUGGAAGCAUCGACCGCGAAGCCGGGUUGAGGAGCAGACUGUGCAAGCGGCCACGGGGAUUCUCAGCCCAGCGGCGGCUGUCGGCUGCCGGUUGCCCAGCGCGCACCAUGACUGCCAACACCGCCGGUUGCCGCUUUGCAGAUUACUUCGCCAUAUCUGGGCUGGACGUGGAGACCGGGUUGGAGCCGGACGAGCUCUCGGCCUUAUGCCAGUUCUUACAGGCUUCUAAAGGCAGAGAUGGUGCUGGGCGUGUCAGUUCAAGUACAGAUGAAGGUGAAAACUAUGAGCAGAGCCCAUUGCGCCGAACUUUUAAAUCUAAAGUGUUGGCUCACUAUCCAGAAAAUGUGGAAUGGAACCCUUUUGACCAGGACGCUGUUGGGAUGCUCUGCAUGCCCAAAGGCCUAUCCUUUAAAACGCAAUCUGAUAACCGAGGUCCACAGUUCCAUUCGUUUAUCAUCACACGUGAAGAUGGUUCUCGCACUUAUGGAUUUGCCCUCACCUUUUAUGAAGAGGUGGCAAGUAAACAAAUCUGCAGUGCAAUGCAAACACUGUAUCACAUGCAUAAUGCAGAUCAAUACGACAUCCUUCAUACCUCAUCUACAAUCUGCAUAAACUCCUCUGAGAAUAUCUCUGACAAUUGCAGCGACUUAUCUACCGGAGUGACAAAGCUACAACGUUUUAACUCCUACGACAUUAGCAAGGAUACGCUGUAUGUCUCAAAAUGCAUUUGCUUGAUUGCACCCCUUCCUUUCAUGCACGCCUGUAAGAAGGUUCUUGAGCAACUCCAUCAAGCUGUGACUUCUCCGAAACCACCUCCGCUGCCACUGGAAAGUUAUGUUUACAAUAUCCUCUAUGAAGUGCCGCUGCCACCAGCAGGAAGAUCUUUAAAAUUUCUGGGUGUUUAUGGCCCAAUUAUUUGCCAAAGGCCAGGCACCAAUGAGUUACCACUAUUUGACUUUCCAAUUCAUGAAAUGUUUGAACUCUUGGGCCUGGAAAAUAUUCUCCAACUCUUCACCUGUGCAUUGCUGGAGAUACAAAUCCUGCUCUACUCCCAACAUUACCAGAGACUGAUGACAGUAGCAGAAAGUAUCACUGCAAUACUCUUUCCCUGCCAAUGGCAGCAUGUGUAUGUUCCUAUACUCCCUGCAUCACUCCUUCAUUUUUUAGAUGCUCCUGUUCCCUACUUGAUGGGUUUACAUUCCAAUGGACAGGAUGAUCGGUCCAAAUUAGAGUUACCACAUGAGGCAAAUCUGUGCUUUGUGGAUAUAGACAACCAUUCCAUUGAGCUGCCUGAAGACUUGCCACAGUUUCCAAACAAAUUAGAAUUGAUUCAAGAAAUCUCUGAAAUCCUAAUGGCUUUUGGGAUUCCACCUGAAGGGAACUUGCACUGCAGUAAAAGUACCUCUAAGCUGAAAGAUUUUAAAGAGAGGAACGUGGUCUGCGAUAAGAAGAAUGGAAAUGUAGCUGGGUUGGCACUGAGCACCUAUGAAUUACUAAAGGAAAAUGAGACCAUGGCAAGGCUGCAGGCCCUUGUGAAGAGGACUGGAGUCAGUUUAGAGAAGCCAAUCCCCGCACUUACUCCUUCACCUGCUGCUUCCUUGAAGCUGGAAGUAAGAGUAGAAGCUGGAAGUAAUAAAGAUUUUAAAGUUCAUUGUGACGAGGAGGAACUGAAGAUUCAUCAGCUUAACAUCAAGAUCAGGGAGAUCUUUGCCAAUCGCUUUACUCAGAUGUUUGCUGAUUAUGAGGUGUUUGUAAUUCAACCAAGCCAUGACAAGGAAUCCUGGUUCAAUAACCGGGAACAAAUGCAGAACUUUGAUAAGGCUUCUUUCCUUUCAGACCAGCCAGAGCCUUAUCUACCAUUUCUGUCCAGGUUUCUUGAAACACAAAUGUUUGCAUCAUUCAUUGAUAAUAAAAUAAUGUGUCACGACGAUGAUGAAAAAGACCAAAUUCUUAGGGUAUUUGAUACCCGAGUUAACAAAAUAAGGACUUUGAAUGUUAGAACACCGACACUCCGUACAUCCAUGUAUCAGAAGUGUACGACUAUUUAUGCAGCAGAGAAAGCUAUUAAGCUGAGACUUGCCAAAAUUGACCACACCGCAGUACACCCUCACCUACUAGAUAUGAAGAUCGGCCAGGGAAAAUAUGAAUGUGGAUUCUUCCCAAAACUACAGCCAGAUGUGCUCUCCUCCUCACCAGCCUGUAACAAAUGGGUGAAGAGAAGUGCGCCAGCCCAGUGGAGGCGAAGGGACAGGCAAAAACAGCACACCGAACACCUACACUUGGAUAAUGAUCAAAGAGAGAAAUACAUCCAGGAAGCUCGGAGUCUUGGCACAGGUGUGCGUCAGCCCAAGUUAUCCAACCUCUCGCCAUCAGUAAUUGCACAUACCAACUGGAAGUUUGUUGAGGGUCUGCUGAAGGAAUGUCGUAACAAAACAAAGCGCAUGUUGGUGGAGAAAAUGGGGCGUGAAGCUGUGGAAUUGGGUCAUGGGGAGGUGACCCUCACAGGAGUGGAGGAAAAUACAUUAAUAGCCAGCCUCUGUGAUUUGUUGGAGAGAAUAUGGAGUCAUGGACUACAGGUCAAGCAAGGUAAAUCAGCCCUCUGGUCUCAUCUGUUACAUUACCAGGAGAGUAAAGAGAAAAAUGAAGCUUUGCUUGGAACCACCAGCAGCCCAGGAUUCAUCCACGAUCAAGAUAGGAGGAAAAUUGAUAGUUCUUGCAUGCCUCCCUUGAAGAUCUCUCUCACACGGGAUAUGAGGCAUAUUCAGAAUAUUGGUGAGAUCAAAACUGACGUGGGCAAGGCUCGAGCUUGGGUGAGACUUUCGAUGGAAAAGAAACUGCUGUCUAGACAUCUCAAGCAGCUGCUAUCAGACCAUGAGUUAACAAAAAAACUUUAUAAACGUUAUGCCUUCCUUCGCUGUGAUGAUGAGAAGGAACAAUUCUUGUACCACCUCCUUUCAUUCAAUGCAGUGGAUUACUUCUGCUUUACAAAUGCAUUUACAACAAUCAUGAUUCCAUACCAUGUGUUGGUCAUACCCAGUAAGAAGUUGGGUGGCUCCAUGUUCACAGCAAAUCCCUGGAUCUGUAUCUCAGGAGAGUUGGGAGAGACUGGUAUCUUACAAAUACCCAAAAGUAUCCUUGAAAUGACAUUUGAGGAGAAAUACUCAUUGCGGACUUUGGCCAACUUCUACUGCUCCACACAAAGAGGGUCACCUUGGUUCCUGAGGUGUCAGAACUUGGGAAAACUUACAACUGUGCUGAUUGGCCAUGAUAACUCAGGGCUGUAUGCCAAAUGGCUUGUGGACAGUGUUGUGGUUCGGAAUGAAAUAACGGGACACGCAUACAGAUUUCCAUGCGGCAGGUGGCUCGGAAAAGGAGUAGAUGAUGGGAGUCUGGAAAGGAUUCUUGUUGGCGAGCUUGCAUCCGCCACUCUGGAAACCGAUGAGCGUCACUGUCGCACUCCCCCGAUGCAGCAAUCCCCAAGUAUGAUAAGGAGAUUUGUCAAUAUAACUCCUGCCAAUAGACCAAAGCUAAACACUGGCCAAAUACAAGAAUCUGUAGGUGAAGCCAUCAAUGGGAUUGUCAAACACUUUCACAAGCCUGAGAAGGAGAGGGGCAGCCUGACAUUACUACUCUGUGGGGAAAAUGGACUUGUGACAGCUUUAGAGCAGGUGUUCCACCAUGGAUUCAAGUCACCGCGACUCUUCAAAAGUGUUUUUAUUUGGGAUUUUUUGGAAAAAGCAUUUGUCUACUUUGAGAGUUUGGAACAUACAGAACAAACCCAGGAAGAGAACUGGCAAACUCGGGCUAAGAAAUUUUGCACCUUCAUUGCUGCCAUUAAUAGUGCCCCUCGGAACAUUGGCAAGGAUGGAAAGUUCCAACUACUUGUGUGUCUGGGGGCAAGGGAUCACCUCUUGCACAACUGGAUUGCGCUGCUUGCUGAUUGCCCCAUCAUUGCUCAGAUGUAUGAAGAUACAGCUCUGAUUAAAGACCACACUCUAGUUAACUCUCUCAUCAGAGUGCUGCAAACCUUACAGGAAUUUAAUAUCACACUGGAGACGUCGCUGGUCAAAGGUAUCGACAUGUAACUCCAUUCACCAGCAUCCAACGGAAGACCAUACAAAAAAAUGACGCAUACGUAACAUACAAUUUUCCAACUGCAAAGGGAACCUGCUUAGUAGAAAUCAACAACUUGUUUUGAAGUUGCAGGAGCUAUUUGCCAUAUAAUAUAUGCCCAGAGCUGUUUUGAACCGAUACCCAAGUUUGGGAAGGCUAUUGUAAGGUUUGAGAAAAUAUGCAUCUGUGCAUAUUUUUAAUAUUGUUGUCAAUUGUAGGUAAUCGUUCUUGGUUGUACAGUGUUGUGCAGCCUAUCCAAGAAUGAUGCUUGUUUCAAACUUUUUUUUCUAAAAGAAGAAAAGUAUUAAGUUUGAUUUAUUUUGCUGCAGAUUGCCAAGACUUGCACUGUUAAGCUGCAGUUGAAAUAGUGUCUGAAAUUUUAAAUGUGUAUAAAGCCUGUGCACUGAAUUAUGCACAGCAUUUACUUUGUAGCUGCUAAAAAGUGUGUGUGUUUGUAUGUAUGAGUGUGUGUAUGUGUAUAUAACAUGCACUGUGUGUGUCUGUAUAUAUGUAAUAUAAUGUUUGUAUGUGUGUCUGUGAUAUACAUAAACAGUAUUCUUGUAAAUUAAAUUAGCAAAUUGGUAACAUUUUUUCAAAUGCCGGUGAGCAAGGAUUGAAAAUAACAUGCUGAUAUUGUGCUGAGAAAACACAGUAUUCAUAACAUUUUUGAAUUAAAAGAAAGAUACUCUUCCUCAGUUUUCUGUUUACCUUCUGUUACAUAGAGUUGAGAAUUGAUAGCUCAUAAUUAAUGUUAGUCCUUGGCAUUCAACUUCUGAUGAAGUCACUUUAUGAGUUUGUGCAGUGCAACAUUAAAGUCCAAAAAGCUGUAUGUUCACAAUUUGUUUUAGUGUGCACAUGUAUGGCUUAUGUUUUUUUAACGCAUUUUCUGGUUGGCUGCUGCUAUCUAUUGUAAUACCAUCUAUGAUCCUGGGAACAUGAGAAGAAUUUCUACCAACAGGGUUAUCACACUUCAAUUUACUGUUUACUCUCUUUACAUUCUGUGCAUGUGUCAGAUAUUAACAUUCCUGGGCAUGAAAAAUAUGUUUUUUUGAGUAUCUGGGUUUUCUUUUAUAUACAUCUAUGGGAUUACCCCCUAUUUAUCACAUAAAUAUACUUUAACAAAAGCGUUCUGGGUUUCUUACUCUGAUAUAAUGAGGUAAAAUGAUUUUCCAUCCAGCUGUGAUUUUUAGACUGUGACGUUUUAGACUUUAUCAAAUUAUAUUGUUGCAAGUUAUUUUUCUGUAAAGUGGGCUCUAAUAUUCCUGUGAAGUUUUAUUACAGUAAUAAAGAUUUAGCACAAUA